AUGCCUAAACCCGAGACAAAACAUUAUGGAGUCCUGGAAAUAUCACCGGGUAUCAAUCCCAUUGUCGACAUCAUCGCCAUUCACGGCUUAAAUGGUCACAGAGAGAAAUCCUGGACGACAGAUAGUGGAACCCUUUGGUUACGCGACCUCCUGCCGUCCUCAUUGCGCCACGCCCGAGUGCUCACGUAUGGAUAUGACGCCGAUACUCAGAAUGAGGAAUGCGUAUCGACGCUCAAUAUGCGCCAGCAGGCCGUAAAACUAGCCCAGGAUAUUUCGCGGAAGCGUAAAGAUACCCCUCGGCGUCCGAUCAUUUUCGUUGCGCACGACUUGGGAGGGAUCAUUCUCAAAUGGGCACUCGUUGAAUGCAAUAAUCAGCAGCUGGAUUCCAAGUGUGACCUCCGGAACAUUCUCGUCUCGACCCACGCGAUAUUAUUCUUCGGCACCCCGCACUCUGGCGUGGAAAGCGAUUUCAUUGAGACAUUCACCCAAUUUUUAUCUGCUCACAUGAAAACGACAGACGUAAUCCUCAAGGACCUUCGAGCAAACUCAUCCGAACUUAUCACCGUGCAGAGUUUCUACGUCCGAUUUGGCCAUAAGAUUCACACCGUAUUUUUCCACGCGGAGUACGAGGCCACGUUGGAGAGUGGAAAAAGGACGCUGCUUGCGUCCAUCGCUGGUGAUGCCAAAGCCGAAACAAUUGCACUCCACAGCAAUCAUCGCGAUUUGGUCAGAUUCCCUAGUCCCGAGAGUGACGACUACAAAACGGUACUCUAUUAUCUUGAGAAUUACGCCAACAAUGCCUCCAAUGAGCAACUUGACAAAUGGUUUAGGGAGGAGAACAUGCGUGUCGCUGCCAAGGGAGGACCUAUCGUGCAGCCGGACGAUAUCUCCUUCAUAUUACAUCUGCCAAUUUCGACCUUCGUCUCAUCCUCUGUUCAUAGUCCCUGCCUUCAAGGGACUCGCGAAGCCGUCCUUGAGACAAUCUGGCGGUGGGCCGACGACGACACUUCAGACAAGCCCAUAUUCUGGCUAUGUGACAUAGCUGGCUCUGGGAAAUCCACAGUUGCGAUGUCUGCUGUACAGAAGUGGAAGAGCGAAGAAAGAUUAGGCGGCCAAUUUUUCUUCUCUAUAUCAAGCAUCGAGGCGUCCAAUACGGAGAAAUUCUGCUCUACUAUGGCGAGAGAACUCGCUCAGUACAUUCCAGAGCUUGGACCGUACAUCGCCAGCGCCGUCAAGCAGAACCCUGCGAUAGUACGAAAGUCAUUCAAUGAUCAAUUCCAAACGCUCGUCACCGAUCCUCUUCAGCAUCUGCAAAAAAGCGUUAUCUUGGUCAUCGAUGCACUCGACGAAUGCAAGUCUGGGUCACAGAGACACGAGAUCCUCGAGAGUCUCGUUACUGGUGUCCAGAAAAGCAAGAAACUCCGCGUGUUCAUCGCGAGUCGUCCGGACCGCAUCAUCGAAAAGGCUUUACGCCCUCUUUCUAUCAAAUCGGCGUUGACAGAUCGCCUCCAUUCGACCAAUCGCUCGGAAAAGAGGCACAAAUUGGUCGAAAAGGCUAAUGGGCUAUUCAUCUGGGCGAGCACUGCGUGUCGAAUACUCAAGGACGAAACGAGUCUAAUCGACCCUGAGAACACAUACGACCGCCUAGUCUCUAUUGAUCAGCCUGGGGCCAUAGAUGAUGUAUACAAUCUCAUCUUGGAUCGUACGGCCCAAGAAUACAGGGCCGUCAUGUAUCAAAUGCUCGCCAUGAUACUUGCCGCAUUCGAGCCGCUCACCGUCUUCGAUUUAGAGGACUGGGCGAAACAUGUCAAAGUAGCCGGGAGUGAUCCGGUCACAAGUUUGGUUCAAUUCCGGCAUCCUACUUUCGUCGAGUACCUUCGACGUCGUGACGUCAAGCCAAACGUCACUAUAUCAAAAGAACUCCUUAUCGACUCCUCGAACGCCCAUGGCCAAGCAGCUUCCUGGUGUUUCAAAUGCCUCUUGUCGCCGGAAGGCCUCAAGUUCAACAUAUGCCGAAUCGAGUCAUCAUUCUAUCUGAAUAAACAGAUAAAAAAUCUCGAGGCCAAAAUAUCCAAACACAUCUCAAGGAGACUUCGAUAUGCCAGCUCGCAUUGGUUGUUCCACUUGGCUGAAGCGGACGACGGCUGGCGACAGAAACUGGAGGUAGAGCUUAAACGUAUAGUCGGGAGUCAAUACGUUCUGCAUUGGAUGGAGGUCUUGAGUGUAACAGGAGGAGUCCAGAGGGCGAUAGAUGGGCUUCGAACCCUUAUGCGGCACAGAAGUUUCGAACAGAAUACUAGCGGUCGGAUAACCGAGAUUCAAAGAUUUAUGAUGGCUUCUUUGGUGCCUCUCUCGGAGAGUGCUCCGCAUAUCUAUAUCUCGGCAUUACCAUUCAGCCCUAGUUUAUCCUAUCUACAUAUUGAAGGCGCAAAGGAGUAUCCGAGGACCCUCAAGGUAACUCAAGGCCUUGAGGAGACGUACCAUGGACUCCCCCAGGCGCUUCGUGGUCACAGAAUUCAUGUCAACUCCGUCUGCUUCUCGCCAGAUGGAUUGCAAAUUCUUUCUAGCUCAA